CCAUCAGGCUGAGUUCAGUGUUCGCAGCCGUCUCUCUCUCUCUCUCUCUCGCUGGUUUGCUCUCGCGCUCUGUCGCGUUCUGUCUGGACCUGUUUACCCGUGUGAAGAGCUGGACUCUUCAUUCAUCUGUUCUGUUGUUUUUUUACUUGUUUAAUCUGAAAGAUGUUGAAGAAUCAGUGGAUUACCAACUACCUCAGCCAUGUGUCUCAGUGCAGCCCAGGGCUGGGAGGAGUUUCCCAGCUUCAGUUGUGUAAUCCUGAGCUGCUGAGGACCGGAGGACUGAGUUUUCCCCAGGAGUUACCCGUAGAGAACAAGGCCUCCCUAGUGAAGAGCGUUUCUGAUAUUGAUGAGAAACUCCUCGCUGUGCUGCCUAAAGUUUCAGAGCUAAGAAAGCAAUUUGAAUCCACCAUCAAAAGUGACCCAAAGAUGAACAGGAAAGAAAGGAUUGCGCGACGGCUGGAGGGUAUCGAGACCGAUGUGCCGUCUGCUCUGGUUGCCAGCAUGCAGCACACUCCCGGCCUGGUGACCAAUCGGCUACUGGAGGAGGACACGCCGCGCUACACGCGGGCUUCAGACCCCAGUGAACCCGGCAUUGUGGUGAGACGCUACAGUCGAGAUGAGAUAGAAGUUCCAGAGCGACAGUCCAGACCACGUAUGCGGCCUGAUCACCAGCCACCCGCCCAUCCCGACCCGGCACCCAACCCGGCAGGGUCCGACCCGGCCAGCCUCAGCUCUAAAGCCGAACGCAUCGCUCGCUAUAAGGCUGAGCGCCGGCGGCAGCUAUUGGAACGUUACGGAAUCCUUCUGGACCAGGAGGCGGAUGCAGAUUUCACACCGCGGUACUCCAGAGCGCGGCGGGAGUCCGACCUGUCAGAGAAACAGGCUCCGCCCGACAGGGGGCGGGGCGAGAAGCAGGAGGCGUGGCCAGAGGACGAGGGCCACGACCAGAACGCCAACAGGCCGAAAUACAGCAGCUCGGGGAUGGGGCAGGUAUCCAUGUCCACAGUCUCUGCCCCUGUCCACGUCCCUGUCUCCACCCCCGUCCCUGUCCCAGUCUCCGUCCCCACCCAUUCUCCACCCAAAGAGCGAGCAGGCUCUUUCACAGGUCCAGAGAGAAAGGGGCGGAGUCUGGAUUUGGAGCGAGAGAGAGAGAGAGCGAUGAACUUGGAGAACUACAGGAGAACGGACCGGAGCUCCAGACCUCGCACUCAGGAAGCACCUGCCACAGCGGAGCUGGCACCUGCCACAGCCAUGCCGGGCAGGGGUGUGGGUGUGGCUGUUGCGGCCGUGCCCAGCUCCCCGCGGACGGCCCGCCGCUCCUCCCUGCCCUCCACCCGACACGGCAUCUCCCCCGGAGAUCUGUUCAUCGAGCAGCAGGCGCAGAACAUCCUCAGCCGGCAGGGCUUGGCGUCACACUUUCAGAGCGAGUGGUCUCUGCUGAAAGGUUCGGACGGAGACUCAGGCUCAGUUAUCAGCUGGCCCUCCAGAAUACGAGUGAGAGAAAGACGGGCGAGGGAGGACAGCGUAGGACGGACCUCUGAUUCAGGAUCAGAUGGAUCCUCCGUUAGACGUCACCCUACAGUCACUCCUCCUUAUUUGUCACCUCAGUCCGAAACCUCAAACCAGUUGCGUACACGGAGUGCAGAACCCCCGGUCCAACAGCAGAACCUUAACGCAGAACCCUUACAUCACCACCGAACACAAAGUGCAGAACGCCCUGGUCGUCAGCGUGUACCAUCAGGUGAACCUCAGAAGCCCCAACACACAGCUGAGACAGAACCUCAUUGGGUACAACCUGGCACUAUUACUAUAGGUCACACCAUGGAUUACAGGCAACCUCAGCAACCUAUGUCAAGGUACAUGGACCACAACAAACAACCUUCUGAAACGUCUGCGCCGCUUCAUCAGCCCAUCUCUUCAGGCUACAGAGACUUUCAGCAGCCGUGGCAUGGCCAUGCAGAUGCCCAACAACCGGAACCAAGACACAGAGAGAUCCGUCAACAUGUGCAUGUGCAGGGCAGUGCUGGUCACCGCCCUUCUAAACAGUUACCACCCAAAUAUGAGCAUGCUCUACAUAUGUCUCCACAUAUGUCACAGGGACAGGUACAACAGGUUGUGUCUGGUUACACUCAUUGCCAGGCGCCUCCUUUUAGUCCCACAGAAGAUCUGCCUCUUCCUUUUGGUCAAACUCCCUACUCUGCGGCACCCUACCGACAAAGUCAACCGCCUGUACCUUUGAAUGGGGAUACUGCUCAUUCUUCUCCUGGACCUCCAAAAAGCCUUGAAUAUCUUGAGCCACCAGACCCUCAGGGCCAUCCAUCAGUCCCACACAGGGUGAUAUCUGGUGGUGGGGCAGGUGUCGAUAGCAGGCGAAGAGCCAGUGCUGAUCAUAUUCAGCCGGUUGAAAGAGAAGGUCGGUCGGCGACUCGAGCUGAUCCACCCUCGGAAGGUCUGCUGAAGAGCAGAAAAGCAGUGCUGCCUUCGGAAAUUCGCCGCAGGCAGAAGAGUGUUGACGACACCAUGCAGAGACACUCCGACGAAGCUUUAGAGGGAAGGAGAAGUAGGAGGAUCUCCCAGGUGGAAGAACCAAAGGGAAGAUCUGGAGACGCAAGCAGACAAUCGGACGAGGGUGCAGGCAGAGGCAGAAGAAGGGUCAGCAACUUGAAGGCAAGAGAAGGGAACGCUGAUGAGAGAGUUGGUCAAGUAGGGGAUGAAGAAUUUCAAAAAGAUAAAAGGAUAAGCCAGUUGCCGCAGAGAGGAGGUCGAGAGGAUGCAAGGAUCAGGCAGUCGCAAGAAAGAGAAAGAGAACAAGUUGAUAGAAAGAACACGAUUGCGCGAAGAUUUGAGGAUGAUCCCAAGAGGGAGGUGGACAAGUUAGACGAGAGACAGGGAAGAGAUGUAGGUAAAGUAAGUCGAUUAGAUGUAGUUCAGCAGUCUGUUGAAGCGCCUGUUGAUGAGAAGGCAGGUUGGGUAGAUCAGAAAUUGCUACGGGAAAGCAGGAGAAUUCGUCAAACGGAAGAUCCAAGGAUGCAAGUUGAGAUUCCAGUCAGGCAACUGAAUGAAGUUGAAGAAAUGGAAAGUGAAGGUCAGAAAGCUAUGCACAGAGAUACGCCCGAGGGAUACGGUAGGCGAAGGAGGAUCAGUCAGUCAGAGAACGACGAUGGGAAAGUCAGACGCAGAAGGAUAAGCCAAUCAGAGGAUGAUUGGAAUGGACGUAGGGUACACAGAAUCAGCCAGUCAGAUAAGUGGGAUGAAAAAGAUCAGAUUGAUCAGUCAGGUCAUCAAGGGGAUCGAGGCGAUGGAGACAUUCAUCAGAAGCAGAACAUGCCAGAAUUCAUGGACACCAUGCCUCCGCAGCAACAGGCCAAUGAACCUUCAAAUCAGAGGUUGUCGGAUGGUGGUGGGUACUUGCAGAAAGGCUCCUCCCUUUCUCAAGCACAGCACAGGGGAAGCAGAGACGCCGGCGACCUCAAGCCGAAAAUCCGGACUCGCUCCAUGUCGGACAUCGGUGUGACUCAGCGCUCUGCAGCCCUCCGCAGUCUCGAGCGUGCCGCGAGUCGGGAGUCUCUACCGAUAGGAAUAGGAAUCCAAGCCAAGGAGUCGGGAGCUGCCAAUGGGGAAGUGGGAACCCUGGAUACACGAGUUUCCGUGGCCAAGCUCAGACAUUCCUACCUGGAGAAUCUUUCCGGACGCAGGCCUGAACUGGACAGUAAACCUGAGCCAGUUGCCGAGGAAACGGAGUCGGCGGGGACCGCCGACCGGGAGAGAGGACCCCGGCGACCCCGGCGGUACAUCACCCCGGGAGACGACCGGAAGGCUUCUGAGAGGUUCAGGACUCAGCCAAUCACAUCGGCCGAACGACUGGAGACUGACAGGUCUCGGCUCAGUCCUACAGAGCUGCAGAAAACUGAAGGAGAUGAGGAGAAGUUGGACGAGAGAGCGAAGAUGAGUGUAGCAGCUAAGAGAUCGCUCUUCAGGGAGCUUGAGAAGACUUCAGAAGGAGGCGUUCCUAAACCUCGAUCACGAAACUCAGCAGUAGAGCGACGACUCCGGAGAACCCAGGACCGAUCCCGAACCCAGCCCGUUACCACAGAGGAAGUGGUCAUCGCUGCCACUUCUCCCGGCCCCUCCUCCCAAAUCACCCCUGCUCAAACUACAACUCCCAGAAUCCCCAGCCCUACAGUAGUCAGCACCUCAAUGACUAGCUUCAGUCUCCAGGCCUCUACUCCAGGCUCGGCUCCACGAGAACAGGAGAAGGAGGUGCCGAGCAGAGGGGCGGAGUCAGGCCCGGAGGCGGAGCCUGAGGAGCCGGACCUGUCGGCGCUGAGCCUGGCGGAGAAGAUGGCGCUGUUUAACCGCCUGUCCCAACCUGGCAACCAACCGGCAGAGAGCGCGCGAGCUGAUUCCCGACUACGCCGGGGGAACACCCGCUUCCAGACCCAGCCAAUCACGCACGAGGAGGUGGAGCAAGAAGUACUAAAGGAAGUAGCUCCUUCAGGUAUCAAAGGUCCUGAACUCAUGAGUAAUGGUUCAGUAGAGCCACCACUGGGGAAACACCUGCAGAACGGCAGCGUGAAGUUGGAGCCUCUCUCCGCAUCGUUGGUCCGGUCGGUCGGAGCGGUCGCCACCCAGGCCUCUGUUGCCACGGUGACAAGCCCUUCGGUGGCAGUGACUGGAGACCUCCACUCGGGGAUGCCCACGCCCCUCCCUCACGCCCCACCCACUCAGGCCUCGCCCAAUCAGCAGCCGGACAACAAGCUCCCGCCCUACGAGAGAGGAGUUCGAUACUUCAGCCUGACCGAGAGCGCGGGGAACCGCACCCCAGGAAUACAGUCCCCGCCCCCAGCCGAGCUCCUCCACCAAUCCCCGCAGGGCAGGGGCGUGGACGUGCCUCUCCGAGCCAAUGAGCAGAGGCAGGAGGAGGAGAGUGGGUGGAGGGGCAGAAUUGGCUCGGCGGAGCCGCCUCACGCUUUGCCUCACACGCCGCUCACUCUCGCGCACACCCUCUCGCACGCCCUCUCGCACGCCCACGGCAGGGGAGAGAGCAAGACGAGCAGCAGCCGCCAGCCGGAGGGAGAGAGAGAGGGGGGGAGAGAGAGGGCGCGAGAGCAGAGAGAGGCGCGAGAGCAGCAGCAGCAGAGGAGGGAGAAGGACGGAUCUCUCGUACCCAGAGGAGGGUACCUGUCACCAGACGCCUUCCAGGUGGAGCAGGGGGGCAACAGGGCAGAUGUUGUUGAGCCCAGUCCUCCAGUGCGCACUGUGAGCACCGCCGCCGUCUUCUCCAGGAGUUCCUCACACGCCUCACACGCUGUUCCUCACACAUUCCCUUACCUGCAACACACUCCACCUCACACAUCUCCUCCAUCCCAACCACUGCUACCACCACCUCUACCAUCCCAGCCACCGCUACUGCCCCAGCCCCGCCCACUUCAGCCACACCCUCCAAUCGCCCCUCAACUCUACACUCAGACCUCACCACCUCAACCUCAUCCUCCUCCACCUAUUAGACCCCAGCAUCCCUCCUACCCCCACCCGUAUGCAGACAUCCACUCUCCUCCACCCCCAACAGCCCAGAUCUACCCCGAACCUCAGCAACCACCACCAACCAAACCACCCCCCCAGAACCAGCCCUUCAUACCCCCCCAGCCGUACUCCUACAGCCCCGCCCAGGCCAAGAUCCCCCCCCAGACCCAGCCCAAACCCCAGUACUUCAUACAGAACCAGCCCCCGGCCCCAGCGGGCCCCUACAGCCCGGCUCCACCCCCGGAGAACCCCGCCCCCGACCGUCUCAGCGCUCCUGACCCUGCAGCCCACGAGGAGCCGGAGACCAUGACCUCCAUGUCCAUCAAAGAGAGAUUAGCCAUGCUGAAGAAGAGCGGAGAGGAAGACUGGAAGAACAGGAUCAACAAGAAACAGGAAGUGGUUCAGGAAGUGGUGUCCAUCAGUGAGAAGAGCAGCCAGAUAUGGCAGGAGCAAGGCUUCAAGAAGAAGGAGGAGAGGGCAGGGUUUGAGGAGUUCUCUUCGUCUGAGCAGAUCUGGGAGCCUGUUUUUGCCUCCACCUAUUCUCCUCCUCCUUUCCCUACUGUCCCAAAACCUGUAGAACCUCCCGGCCAGAGGCUGGGGGAGGAGGGGGAGAGGCAGAUGUCCAUCGAGGAGAGGAAGCAGAUGAUCUGUACUCGAGAGGAGUCGUGGCAGAGCACCGGGAAGGGCGUGGCUAAUGACUCCGCCCAGUACACCGUGGCGGCUCGGAUGAUGAAGAAAGGAUUGGCUGCUUCCUCUGCAGUGAUCAGUCCCAUUCUGUCUCCCGUCUCUGCUAAACUGAAGAGCAGCGUUCCAGCCGUCUCUAAACCACAGGAGGAGAUUGAAGCUCGAGCUGAUAUGGAGUCUGAUAAGAAGCUGGAUAAGCUGGAGACGUUUCUGGGGCGUCUGAACAGUAAAAUGACGGGUCUACAGGAGACGACGCUGAUGGUCACGGAGAAGGCGGUGAAAGAAGUGAUGCGAUUGGACGACGAGAUCUUCUCCAAGUUCUACUGUCACAUGACCGACAUUCCACGCAGCAUCACCAGCAGAGUACCAAUCGAGGAAGACUUCGACUCCAUCUUCGGCAAACAGACGCCCAUGUUGACCUCAGCGAUGGUGAAGCACAAGAGGGCGGUGCGUCCGUCUCGUAACGUCCAGGCCUCUCGCAACCCUCUGAAGAUCCUGGCGGCGCGAGAGGACAUCAGACACGAGUACACCGAGCAGCGCCUGAACGUCGCUCUGCUGGAGAGCAAGAGAAUCACCCAGGAGAAGAUGAGUAAGAGCUCCAGUCUGUCGGAUGCUGCUCUGGCUGGAUUGGCCAGUAAGGAGAGCUACAGCAGUGUGAGUUUACGCAGCGUCAGCAUCUCCGAGCAGGUGACCAAUAACAGCGCAGCUCCGUACAAGAAGCUCAUGCUCAUGCAGGUCAAAGGUCGCCGCCAUGUUCAGACCAGACUAGUGGAGCCCAGAGCUUCCUCUCUGAACAGUGGAGACUGCUUUCUAUUGGUCACUCCUGAGCUCUGCUUCGUCUGGAUUGGAGAGUUUUCUAAUGUAAUCGAGAGAGCCAAGGCGUCUGAAAUGGCCACGUUUAUCCAGUUGAACCAUGACCUCGGUUGCCGAGCCAAUCAGGUGGAGACUAUAGAGGAGGGCGUGAAUCCUCAGAGCCCUGCAGCAGCUGAGUUCUGGAAAAUACUUGGAGGACCAGCCAGUUACCAGCCUGCUGGAUCUCCUGAAGAUGACGAGUUGUUUGAGAGCGCUAUCGUUGAGACGAACUGUAUCUUCCGGCUGGUGGAGGACCGGCUGCUUCCUGAUGAUGAUUUCUGGGGGAAAGUGCCGCGCAGUGCCCUGCUGGGGUCCAGAGAGGUGCUGGUGUUUGAUUUCGGCAGUGAGGUGUACGUGUGGCACGGUAAGGAGGUAACUCUGGCUCAGAGGAAGGUGGCGUUUCAGCUGGCGAAGCACCUGUGGAACGGCACCUUCGACUACACCAACUGUGACAUCAACCCCCUCGACCCGGGAGGAUGCAACUCCCUCAUACCCAGGAAGGGUCAGGGCCGGCCGGACUGGGCUAUAUUCGGCAGGUUGACUGAAUAUAACGAGACGUCUCUGUUCAGAGAGAAGUUUGUGGACUGGAGAGAGACAACCAGCUCUCCGAAGAACCCCAUCGAGCAGACCUUCGAGCAGAAGCUCUCUCAGGCUCCGGAUUCUCGUUCGGAGUGUCGGGCGUACGACGUGGCUCUGAUGCUGCCGGUCCUCCAGUCCUCCAUCAGCAUGAUUCUGGACGGGCAGGACGUGGGGCGGGGACACGGGCCGGUGGACAGCGGUUCUGAGGACCGGCUGCGCUCUCUGGAGAUCGGCACGGUCAGCGUGGACGUCUGGCACAUCCUGGAGUUCGACUACAGCCGGCUGCCCAAGCAGAGCAUCGGCCAGUUCCACGAGGGAGACGCCUACGUGGUGAAGUGGAAGUACACCGUCAGCGCCGCAGUGGGCAGCAGGCAGAAGCCGGAGCAGGUCCGCAGUGCAGGUCCGGGUCGGGAGAAGUGCUGUUAUUUCUUCUGGCAGGGCAGGAACUCCACCGUCAGCGAGAAGGGAACCUCCGCCCUGAUGACCGUGGAACUGGACGAGGAGAGGGGGGCGCAGGUUCAGGUGCAGCAGGGAAAAGAGCCGCCGUGUUUCCUGCAGUGUUUCAGCGGAGGAAUGAUAGUGCAUUCUGGGAAGAGGGAGGAAGAGGAGGAGAACAUUCAGAACGAGUGGCGAUUGUACUGCGUGCGCGGGGAGGUGCCGGUAGAGGGACACCUGCUGGAGGUGGCGUGUCACUGCAGCAGUCUGCGCUCUCGAACCUCCAUGAUCCUGCUGAACAUUAAUAAAGCUCUGAUCUACCUGUGGCACGGCUGUAAAACCCAGCCGCACACCCGCCAGGUGUCCCGCACCGCCGCCGACAGGAUCAAAGAACAGCGACCACUGGAAGCAGGUCUUCACAGCAGUUGUAACGUGACCGUGCAUGAGUGUGACGAGGGGGCGGAGCCAGUGGCAUUCUGGGAAGCGUUGGGGAGGAAAGAUCGUAAAGCUUACGACUGCAUGCUGCAAGAUCCAGGUAAAUUUAACUUCACCCCCCGGCUCUUCCAGCUCAGCAGCUCUUCAGGUGAAUUUGUGGCUCAGGAGUUGUUUUAUCCGUCCAGAGCUCCGGAGCUCGUCAGCUCUCUCCCGUUCCUCCAGGAGGAUCUGUACUCAGCACCUCAGCCAGCUCUGUUCCUGGUGGAUAAUUAUCAUGAGGUGUACCUGUGGCAGGGCUGGUGGCCACAGGAUACGGACGCUCCAGGCUCCGCUCGGAUUCGCUGGGACGCAGACAGGAAGUGCGCUAUGGAGACGGUGCUCCGCUACUGCAGAGAAAAGGAUGAGAAAAAUCCUCAGAAGUCGUAUCUGAUCCACGCCGGCCUGGAGCCUCUCACCUUCACCAACAUGUUCCCCAGCUGGGAGCAUCGAGAAGAUAUCGCCGAGAUCACCGAACGGGAGGCGGAGGUGUGUAAUCAGAUCAUUCUCGUGGAGGAUGUUCUCUCUCGUCUGUGUCAGAGCUCUUACCCUCUGGAGGCGCUGCAGAGCCGGCCCCUCCCCCACGGCGUCGACCCCCUGCGGCUGGAGCUCUACCUAUCAGAUGAAGACUUCCAGGAAGCGCUGGAGAUGAAGAGGGAGGAGUACGAGGCGUUGCCCGGAUGGAAGCAGGUCAAUCUUAAAAAAGCCAAAGGACUGUUUUAAAAAACAAAAAAAAAGGAAAAACUCACCUCGUUGAUCACCGAUGACGUUCCGUCGCUCCGUUUCUGUGCUCACUACUGCAGUGUGAGCGUGGGAAAGUGGGCGGAGUCACAGUGCCCGUGGUGAACAGGGGGGUUGGGUGAAAGAGAGGUGGGGGGGGUCGUUUCACGUUAAAGGUCACUUUAUAAAACCUGCACUUUGUGUGUGUUAAACUGCCGCAGUGUCCGUCUCUGGUGAGGUGAGGUGUCGGGAGGAAGUGAUGUCAUCGUCGUGUCCGUCAGCACAAUCUCUGCACUUUUUUUCAGCCCGCUGUCCGUGUGAUGACGUGUGUCCGUUUGAUCCGUGCUGUGAAGUGAGGCUCUGUUCUGUCUUUUACUGUUUCCGGGUGUCCCCGCGCCGUCGUGUCCCCGCGCCGUCGUGUCCCCGCGCCGUCGUGUCCCCGCGGGGACGGUGCUGUCCUGGUGCGAGCAUGUUUCAGAGAGAAUGCUGAGUAAUAGUGAAAGGUGUGAUUAAUCGUGAGGAGAUUGUCUCAGGAGGUUCAGAAGGAGAUAAAUUGAUGAACUAUGUACAGCAUAGUGCCUUGCUUUUGUGUACAGUUUCUAUACAGAAGGGACUCUAGUCUGCAUUUCAAAGACUUUCUUUGUGAUAAAAGAAAUGGUGAAUAAAUAAAGCAUAUUCAAAAUAUA